AUUGCGGAGGGGUCAUCAAGACUCUGCCCUAUUACUGCACUGCGGAACUCGGCCAUUAUCGUACGACUGCUACUAUUUAAUAGUAGGCAGUGCCGAUACCGGUACGGAAAACAACUAUCAUACAAGAGUGGUCUACGGCGCUGCCACUACAAGCGUCAACAAGAACCACAGCAACCGCUACUCUUCCCGGGUUCAUCAAGAGUUCAGCCUGCUGCCACAUGGUACCUGACCAUGAAGGCAUUUGAUUCUACUGUUUCAUCUCCACCACAAACCCCUACAGGACAACGGCGGACUUAUUUCACGGUCUGUUUCCUUCUCGUGCUCACCGUUGCCUUCUUCCCAUCCAAGAUCAUCCAGAGUGUUGAGCAGAAGGAGCUCAAGAAGGAAACCAAUACCACUGGAACCCCUGGGGUUGGGAAUAGCUCCGUUGCUGUUGUUCAGGAUGAUCCAGUUAUAAGCGUUACUGCUGAUGCUGCUACUUCCAAUAGUCCCGACGCUACUUCUGCCACCGCUCAGGAAGCAGCAGUCCCUGUAGCUACAGUAGCCGAUCGGCCGAAAGCCCAUGCUGCUCAGGAUGCAGAUACUGGGGCUUCCCCAGCUGCAACUCCCAAUUUUCCUGAUGCCACUUCUGCCACUCCUGAUGAAACAGCCAUUGCCGAACAGACGACAGAAGAAGCGCCGGCCACUGAGGCUCCUAAGGCGGCCACUCUCUCAGAUACCCGAGCUCCCGUCAUUCCAGGGUCCAUUUCCAUGGUCACUAGUUUGUGGGCUCAGCCUCCCGAGCAAGAGGUCAGUCCACAUCGGCGAGAGAUUGAAGCGUCCCUUCUGAACAACAUGAACAAUCCACAUCUUCAUCAAAUUGUCAUCAUCCUCGAUGGCUCCAACGUCAAUGCCAGUUGUGCACAUUUCAAAGCCAGAAUGGAACAAGUGGAAGCAGACUACAAUAAAUUUGGGGGAACAGACACUAGCAGCCCCGAGUACCAAAACCGAUUAAAGCCAAUUCUCACGUGUGUCGACCGGACACUCGGACAACCCAAUUAUUUCGACAUGUUCUCCUAUGCCGCCGAUCCCACCAUUGUCACGGGUGAUGUUGUCAUUUUGGAGAACGCGGACCAUGCAUUUGAUCACACGGUGCAAUAUGCCGGCCAAAUCAAGGAUAAUGUCAUUAUGACAUUGUCAUCCUGGGGAUUCGACGCCAGCAAGGAGAACAUCCCAUCGCCCACCAAGGAACACAUGCAGUUUAUUCAUGGAUGGGACCUGGAUGGCAUGGUGGGUGAUCUACGGCGACGCUGCAAGUGGGCCUCCAAGUCGUGGGAUGGAUAUGUCUUUCACCGCAAAAUCAUGCAAGGUCGACUGGACCCAUCCUUGUUUCAACGCAACAAUGUGUUCUUCCUGAUGAAUCAAUAUAGAGCCGAGUGGGCUGCCCUGGCGGCCCUCAAGAGCAACUUUCCCGAAGCAAGCUUUUCCAAUGGUUGUACCGUGAUACAAACAUGGCACAUGCACGGCUUUCCCAAGAUGCAUGGAAACAGUAGCACGGUUAUGGAACCAUUUGAUAUGGGAUCUGGUCCCGAUUAUGGUGCGUAUCUGGAGCCGGUUCCUUUCAAAAAGCAUAUUUGGAGGCUUAUUAAGAAGUAAGUGAUGCAGGCAAUAAUAACUGCAGAUUCUAGCCAGACACCGUUUUCCAAUUGCUACC